AUGUCUAUGCAAGAAGAGUAUACGAUCCCCUCCCCCCAACGCUCAUCCACUACUUCCGAACUCACGAAAAUUGAGAUGAGUAACAUCUCUGGCGAGAAGGAGAACGUUGCCACUCGGCUCAGCCACUGCGUCGUUAGCCUUUCACCCGCUUUCUUCUCACUGAAUAUGGGUACAGGAAUCGUGUCGAUACUAUUCUACACUUUCCCAUAUCCUGCAAGAUGGUUGAGGGCGAUUGGUCUAGGCAUCUUCGUGCUCAAUGUUGUGCUCUUCCUUUUGCUCAGCGUGGGCAAUGUCAUCCGGUACAUACGAUGGAAGGGACUUUUCAAAUCAACUCUCAAGCAUUCUGCUGCCGCUCUACCAUGGGGAACUCUGCCGAUGGGCUUUGUCACCCUAGUCACACACACCAUCGAGUCAAUGUCAGCGAGUUGGCUUUUACCCAUCGUCUCUUUAGUCGUAGCAGCCGCUUCUGGCGGCGUGGUAGCAGAGGCUGUAUCCCAAUCUAUGCCUUCUACCGCAAAGUCAAUCGUCAUCACAUCAUACAUCGUAUGGGGAACCGGUGUCCCUCUCGCUCUAUCCAUCAGUGCAACUUACUUGUACCGACUCAUCGCCCAUGGAGCACCUGCCCCACAAGCUUUACCCAGUCUAUUUCUUCUUGUAGGUCCAUGUGGUCAAGGUAGCUUCGGGAUCAUAACUCUGGGUAAAGUGGUCAGAGAUCUCGCACACACAUCGAGCUUCGACAUCCUGGCAACCCAGAAAGAGCAAUCGGCGAUGACAAUCAUGGCUGAUGCCAUGUAUGCGGGAGGGCUUGUCACUGGUUUGAUCCUAUGGGGAUUGGGUCUGUGCUGGUAUUUACUGGCGACUGCGAUAUUCAUCGAUCACCUAUGCAACGUUGAUCGGUCCUACCUGCGCCAUCGAUCGUUCAACAUAUCUUUCACGGCGUUAACAUUCCCGAUAGGAGUCUGGGCAAGUGCCUCCAAUGCUCUCGCAACAGAGCUCGAUUCCGAGGUGUUUCGGGUGAUUGGUGCUGUUGUAUCGACUCAAGUGUUCGUCAAUUGGCUCUACGUCAUGACCGUGACUAUCUACAAGGCAUUCGAUGGUUCCAUUUUCAUUGCACCAGAGUCAGAGCUAUUUACCAGUAAACAUCGUCAGAGUUUGCAGAAUAGAAGUCAAGAUAUAGUAUAA